AUGCCUGAGGAUCCCCUCCCUAUCCCUCACGAAUUUUAUCAGCCUGGUGACCUUGUCAUUGGUGAGAUUGUUUCUCAGGUCAUCUUCUUCUAUGAUAUCCUCUCAUUCACAGAACAGCCCACACAGGUGUUGCAUGAUGAAACUAAUUCAGUGCCUAAGAACUACCAACAUGUCCUGGCUUUGGCAUUUGCUGUCAAAGAGAUCAAUGAGAAUCCUCAAAUCUUACCCAAUAUCACUCUGGGGUUCCACAUCCUCAAUAGCUACGAUACAGCAAGGAUGACCUUUAAGGCCACCCUUAACAUGCUUUCCACAAAGGGUAGGUUUGUCCCCAACUUCAAGUGUCACAACCACAACAAUCUGAUAGCUCUCAUUGGAGGAUGCAGCUCUGAAGUCUCUGCCAAUAUGGCCAUCUUUUCAGCGACCUAUAAGACCCCACAGAUCACGUAUGGGUCAUUUUUGCCAUCACAAGGUGCCAAAACCUUGUUCCCAUUUUUGUACCAGAUGGUCCCAAAUGAAGCCCAACAGUACAUGGGAGUGGUGCAGCUACUUCAGCAUUUCCGAUGGACAUGGAUUGGGCUCUCUGCUGUGGAUAAUGAGAGAGGGAACAUGUUUUUACAGACCAUGGAGCCAAUGCUUUCCCAGAAUCACAUCUGUUGUGCCUUCAUAUUCAAAAUACCAAAAUGGGAUUAUGUGGAUGACUUGAUAGACAUAAUUCCACAGCAGUGGGGAAAUUAUAAAAUUAUCUCAGAGAGCAGAGCCGAUGUAUACUUUGUAUAUGGAGAACCUCCAUCCUUUCAGUUUUUGAGUGUGUUGCUAUUUUCAGCACCUUUAUUUGAGUUACCAAUACAGGAUAAGGUGUGGAUUGUUACAUCCCACUGGGAUUUUGCGACAUUAAGUCUUCAAACGAUUUGUGAUAUGCAAAUUUUCCAUGGUUCCAUCUCCUUCACUGUUUACUCAAACCAGCCACUAGGAUUCCAAAGAUUUGUCCAGAUGAUAAGGCCUGGCUGGGACAAAGGAGACGGUUUCAUCCAGGACUUCUGGGAACAGGCAUUCAUCUGUUCACUAAGAAUGUCUGGUGUCGUUGAUGAGAGCAAGAAAACUUGUACAAAGGAGGAGAAGUUGGAGACUCUUCCUGGAAUUUGGUUUGAAAUGAACAUGACCGGCCACAGCUACAAUGUCUACAAUGCUGUCUAUGCUGUGGCACAUGCUUUGCAUGCCAUGUACAAAUUCGGCUCCAAACAUAGCAGAACAAGGCUAGAAGAAGGGAAAUUGGCACUUCAGAAUGUGCAACCAUGGCAGCUCCAUCACUUUCUAAGCAGCACCUCAUUCAAUAACGAUGCUGGAGACACUGUGCACUUUGAUGAAAAUGGAGAAUUCAUUUCAUGGUUUGAUGUUACAAACUGGUUGAUGUUUUCCAAUGCGACGAUGGUUAGAGUGAAAGUUGGAAGACUGGAUCCCCAGGCUCCUCCGGGCAAAAAGUUAACCAUUAAUGAAGACCAAAUUGUGUGGCAUAAAAGCUUUAAUCAGGUGCCACCUCUUUCUGCAUGCAAUGACAACUGCUAUCCUGGCUCUCACAAGAAAAAGAAGGAAGGAAAGAAAUUUUGCUGCUAUGACUGUGCUCCAUGUCCAGAAGGGAUGAUCACUCACCAGAAAGACAUGGAUGCCUGUGUCAAUUGUCCAGAAGAUCAGUAUCCCAACAAGGACCAGAAUCAAUGCAUUCCCAGGGUUCUAAGCUACCUCUCUUAUGAAGAAUCUUUAGGCAUCACCUUGACGAUCUUGGCUAUUUCUUUCUCUUUGAUCACAGCUUUGGUGCUUGGAAUCUUUCUGAAGCACAAGGACACCCCCAUAGUCAAAGCCAACAACCGGAGCUUCACCUACAUCCUCCUCAUCUCCCUCUUUCUUUGCUUCCUCUCCACAUUGCUGUUCAUAGGACAGCCUGGAAAGGCGGCCUGCCUUCUUCGACAAAUGGCUUUUGGCAUUGUCUUCUCUGUGGCCCUUUCCAGCAUUUUGGCCAAAACCAUCACUGUGCUUGUGGCAUUCAUGGCUACCAAACCAGGGUCCAAGAUGAGGAAAAAGGUGGGGAAAGGCCUGGCCAAUUCUAUUGCCCUUUCCGGCUCCUUGAUUCAAGCAGGCAUUUGUACAGUUUGGCUCAGUAUAUCUCCUCCAUUCCCAGAUGUAGACAUGCAUUCAUUGGAUGGGGAAAUUGUACUGGAAUGCAAUGAGGGCUCUGUUUCCCUGUUUUACUGUGUCUUGGGAUAUUUGGUCUUCCUAGCAAUUGUCAGUUUCACGGUAGCUUUCUUAGCCAGGAAGUUACCGGACAGUUUCAAUGAAGCUAAAUUCAUCACUUUCAGCAUGUUCGUGUUUUGCAGUGUGUGGUUAUCCUUUGUUCCAGCCUACCUGAGCACCAAAGGGAAAUAUGUGGUGGCCGUGGAGAUCUUUGCCAUUUUUUCCUCCAGUGCUGGAUUAUUGGGUUUCAUCUUUUUCCCUAAAUGCUACAUUAUUGUACUGAGGCCUGAGCUGAACAAAAGGGGUUGCCUAAUAAGAACACUAAGAUGA